UUACAGACUACUAACUAACUUACAGUAGCCACUAGUUUCCUGCAUCCGAAGUUUAUCCGUGUUCACCGAAACGGAGGGAGGGGAGUUUAUGGUGAGGGUGGAGUUCAAGUUUGAUAUUCCGUAAUGGAAUCGAGACUUGGACCUCAACCACACGACAUCCCGGGCAGGUGACACCGAGAUACAUACUGUGUUCACAUUUCGACUCCUCAAUUACUUCUGAGCAAUGUGUCUGAUUAUAAAUGUGUCCUGAAUGACUCAAUUGAACAAAUCAUGAGCCCUGAGUGUCUAUAAAAGUAUCAAUCGCUGGAAGUCCAUAUGGGGAUUUCGUCAUCUAUCCACUUUUCAUUCUAGUCUCGUCUCUCAAAGUCAAGUCUCCCAAGGAGUAACAUGGCCACCCAAACUUCUACGUACACGAUGGAGCUUUCAGAGCAUCCGAACACGAAUCAACCUCGGUCGGAGCAGAAACAGCAUGAUCACAUAUCCUUGGCCUCACGACGUCACAGUCAUGUUAGCGGGACGAAGAUAUCAGACUCGGAUGGCCUGCCGUCCCCAACGACAGCGACGGAGAAAAAGGUCUUCUGGAAUCAUCCUAGAAGUAAUAUAGCCCGGACGUUCGCGACCUUCUAUUGUUUCAUCGUUCUAGGAGCCAAUGAUGCUGCUCUCGGUGCCUUGAUCCCAUAUCUCGAGAAAUAUUAUGAACUGUCUUACACGGUUGUCUCUCUGAUCUUUCUGAGCCCAGUAGUAGGGUACACCCUUUCUGCGCUUCUUAACAACUAUAUCCAUGUCAGAUUCGGCCAUCGUGGCGUUUCGAUUGUCGGACCCAUCGCCCAUUUAGUAGCAUAUAUGGUCGCAUCUCUUCAUCCUCCAUAUCCGGUCCUUGUGGUAUUCUACAUGCUAGCGGGCUUCGGAAACGGGUUGCUUGACGCAGCAUGGAACGCCUGGAUUGGGAACAUGAACAACGCCAACGAAUUGCUUGGGUUUCUCCAUGGCUUCUACGGUCUGGGUGCCACGAUCAGCCCAUUAAUAGCUACCUCCAUGAUCACCAAAGCCAACCUACCAUGGUACAACUUCUACUAUGUCAUGAUCGGGCUCGCGUUCCUCGAACUGGUCACCUGCCUCCCCACCUUCUGGAAAGGUGGCACCGGGGCCGCCUUCCGCGCCGCCAAUGCCAAAACCCCCGGCAGCAAAGACAACACCAUCCGCGAAGCCCUCUUCGUCCGCCCCUACGCCCGCGUCGUCUGGCUCAUCACUGUCUUCCUCCUCGUCUACAUGGGCGUCGAGGUCACCCUCGGCGGCUGGAUCGUGACCUUCAUGCUGCGCAUACGCCACGGCAGCGACUUCGCCUCCGGCAUGGCGGCCGUGGGGUUCUGGUUGGGGAUGACGGUGGGGCGGGUAGUGCUCGGGUUCGUGACACCGCGGAUCGGGGAGAAGUUGAGUAUUUGCAUCUACCUACCCAUCUCAAUGGCGCUGCAGCUGGUCUUCUGGCUCGUACCGCAGUUCCACGUGUCGGCCGUCGCAGUGGCGCUGGAGGGGUUCUUCUUGGGCCCGAUGUUCCCCGCGGCCGUCAUUGUAGCUAUGAAACUGCUGCCGCGCCAUCUGCAUGUUACGGCGAUUGGGUUCGCGGCGGCGUUGGGGGGUGUGGGCGCGGCCGUGUUUCCGUUCGCGGUGGGCGCGAUUGCGCAGAAGAAGGGGGUGCAGGUGUUGCAGCCCAUCGCGCUGGCGUUGUUGGUUGUGAUUUUGGCAGCGUGGCUGGCGUUGCCGAGAUUGGGCAAGAAAAAAGAGUGAGGGACGCAACAGAAGGAGACGGUAUGAUGGAAUGGUUCACAGAGCAUCCAAUUGAUAUUCCAUAU